AGCAUUUACACUCCAAAAAAACCCAAAAAGAAAGUGACGAUCCUAACAAACUAACCAUAACAAUCGCGUUUCUAAGAUGAUGACGUCGACUACGAUAACACGUUAUCAUCCUCCUUACCCUCUUCUUCUUCACAAUCCAUCACCAUUCGCAACUCUCACUUUUCCACCACCACACUCACCUCAUGUUCGAACAUUCUCACUACCCAAAACGCUGUCGUGUCACCUCUCUCCAUCACACAACACCACUACACCAUUGCUCACCAAAAUUCACUCCAAACCCUUACAUUUUGCUCUAUCCGGCGCUCUCUCACUUUGCUUAUUACUCGGAGGGGCUGAAAUUGCCCAGGCAGCAAAAGUUGGUGUUAACAAGCCAGAAUUGCUUCCUAAAGAGUUUACUACAGUCAUUGAUGUUGCCGGAUUUCUCACCGAUGGUCAGGAGAAAAGACUAGCUCAAGAGAUUUCUGCUCUUGAAAAAGAUACUGGAUACAAGUUGAGAGUCUUGGCCCAGAACUAUCCCGUUACUCCAGGUUUGGCUGUCAAAGAUUUUUGGCAAGUAGAUGACAGUACAGUUGUUUUUGUUGCUGAUCCCACAUUUGGCAAUAUACUGAAUUUCAAUGUUGGUGCUUCAGUUGAUUUGGACAUCCCGCGUAGUUUUUGGAGUCGUUUGGCAGGCAAGUAUGGGAACAUUUUCUAUUGGAGGGAGAAGGGGGAAGAUGCAUCUAUUGAAUCAGCAGUUAUGGCAAUUUCUAAUUGCUUGAGAGAACCAGUUGGGCCUAAUAACUGUUCUGAGGUGAAAUGAUUUCUUUCACUAUAAUGAUUUCGUCAUCUGUUAAUCCUCCUAGUUGAUAUAAAGGCCAUAGUUAUGCUUGGGGGAGAGCGGAAGUAAGGUCCUAGUAUGGAGCAAGACUAAUGAUGUGAGUGAUUCACACUUGUGGGGAAGAUUGUUGGGAUUCAAGUGUGAGUGGUUAAAUCUCACAUCGACUAGAAAUAGAGAAAAUCUUGGGUUUAUAAGAGAUAUGACCCAUACCCCUAAUGCCUUAAGGUUUUGGGUGGAUAUGUGGUGUCGAAGACUCUUGGAUCCUAAAUGUUUAUCCCAUUGACACUUCUAAACUUAAGGUUUUGGAUAAAUAUGUGGUGUAAGGACUCUUCGAUCUUGAACAUUUAGCCCAUUGAUACUUAUGGUGCUUCGUCUCACAUCAACUAUAAAGAGUUUCAGAGCCAACAAGUAGUAUCAAAGCCAUGAUUAGGCUAAGGGGAGCGGAAGUGGGGUUUUGAUGGAUCUUGCUAAUUAUAGUAGUCCUAAUAUAUCAUUUUCUCACCUUCACGAAAACAUUCAAAUGAAUUCAAUCAUAUACUUCAGAUACAAUGAAUAUGAGUUUGUUUUAUUCUAAAGUAUCGACAUUAGACUAACAUGAUAUGCAAAUGCAUGUUAUUUGUCAUAUCCUAAUAACAUAGAUCACAAACAUGUUACUUGUUAGUUGUGGUGAUACAAUCAAUUUAUUUGUCUUAUCCUAAUAACAUAGAUCACAAACAUGUUAUUUGUUUACUUGUGGUGAUACAAUCAAUUUAAAGAGACUCGUGAAACAAACCAUAUCAA